CAGGAGGCCGUUUAGAGCCCUGGCAAAGAUGAGGGUGAGGAUCCGGAAAGGUGGUGGGUGAGAGGCUUACGGGGCGCGAGUCUAGGUGUGCGCACGUGGGGGCGGCGGGGAGCAGGCGAGGAGUCCUGGGGAGGACGCGGGCUUGGGCGAUAGACAAGCUCCGACGUAUGGAAGAACUGACUAGGUGAGGAUGGAGGACCGCAGGGGACCCAGGGGUCGGGGAGAUGGAGGACACUGGGGAAUGCGGAAUACAUCCUGCGGAGACCGAUGAGCUAGGAUGGAGCUAGAGGCUACGGAAAGCCGGGGGUGGGGGCAGGGGCGUGCCGAGUGCUUUUCCGAGGCUGUGAAUUAGAGGGAAGAGGUUUCUGGGCCCGGAGCCUGCGCCCGUUCCCUUCCUACACCCUUCCCAUCCACUGCCCCCACCUCCCGCACUGCAGCACCUCCGGGGGAGGGGGGGGCGAGCGGGGGUAGGAGGCUGAGAAGAGGGUUGGCUACAGGAAGUGGAGGGCUGCACCAACCUAGGGAAACUGGGUGGGAGGUGGUGUAGGAAGGGAGUGCCCUAGGUUUCUGCUGCCAUCACCUCCCCUGAUGCGGGCUCCUGGGACUCCAUUUGUUUACCUGCAUUCUCCCCAGGGCAGCCCGUGGAGUCAUCCUGGCUCCUGGCAACCCCUACCCUGCGGAGUAGGCCUAGCUUUUCUCUCUGCCAUCCCCCAGUACUAGGGGAGUGCCGUUGGGCAGAACUAGAGACUGGUCUGAGGCCUGAAAAGUGGACCUCUCUGUGUGUUCCAACCCUCUGCCUCUCAGGCCCAAAGUGGAGAACUAUGCACCUGGUUUCUGUUGGACAGAAGAGCUAUUUAUGGAGUGGGACGUGGGGGAGGAGGAAGAAGCAUCUGUAGCCCACUCUACAUCAAGCACUGUGGUGGACGCUUUCACACGGUUCUGCCUCCUGGGAGCAUUGCUGGCCCCCAUCCGAGUGCUUCUGGCCUUUAUCGUCCUCUUUCUCCUCUGGCCCUUUGCCUGGCUGCAAGUAGCUGGUCUUACUGAGGAGCAGCUUCAGGAACCAAUUACAGGAUGGAGGAAGACCGUGUGCCACAACGGGGUGCUGGGUCUCAGCCGCCUGCUCUUUUUCCUGCUGGGCUUCCUCCGGAUUCGCGUUCGGGGCCAGCGGGCCUCAUGCCUUCAAGCCCCUGUGCUUGUUGCUGCCCCCCACUCUACUUUCUUUGACCCCAUUGUUCUGCUGCCCUGUGACCUGCCCAAGGUUGUGUCCCGAGCUGAAAACCUUUCUGUGCCUGUCAUUGGAGCCCUUCUUCGCUUCAACCAAGCCAUCCUAGUGUCCCGUCAUGACCCGGCUUCUCGGCGCAGGGUGGUAGAGGAGGUCCGAAGACGGGCUACCUCAGGAGGCAAGUGGCCCCAGGUCCUGUUCUUUCCUGAGGGCACCUGUUCCAACAAGAAGGCUUUGCUUAAAUUCAAGCCAGGAGCCUUCAUCGCAGGGGUGCCUGUGCAGCCUGUCCUCAUCCGCUACCCCAACAGUCUGGACACCACCAGCUGGGCAUGGAGGGGCCCUGGAGUACUCAAAGUCCUUUGGCUCACAGCCUCUCAGCCCUGCAGCAUCGUGGAUGUGGAGGUCCUGAUGUGUGUGUUUCAGUUCCUCCCUGUGUACCACCCCAGCCUGGAGGAGAGCAGGGACCCCACCCUCUAUGCCAACAAUGUCCAGAGGGUGAUGGCACAGGCCCUGGGCAUUCCAGCCACCGAGUGUGAGUUUGUAGGGAGCUUGCCUGUGAUUGUGGUGGGCCGGCUGAAGGUAGCAUUGGAGCCACAGCUCUGGGAACUGAGAAGGGUGCUUCGGAAGGCUGGGCUGUCCCCUGGCUGUGUGGAUGCUGGAGCAGAGCCAGGCCGGAGUCGAAUGAUCAGCCAGGAAGAGUUUGCCAGGCAGCUACAGCUCUCUGACCCACAGAUGGUGGCCGGUGCCUUCAGCUACUUCCAGCAGGAUGCCAACGGCUUGGUGGACUUCCGGGAUGUGGCCCUUGCAUUGGCAGCUCUGGAUGGGAACAGGAGCCUGGAGGAACUGACUUGCCUGGCCUUUGAGCUGUUCGCUGAGGAGCAAACAGAGGGACCCACCCGCCUGCUGUACAGAGACGGCUUCAGCACCAUCCUACACCUCCUGCUGGGGUCACCUCGCCCUGCUGCCGUAACUUUGCAUGCUGAGCUGUGCCAGGCAGGAUCCUGCCAAGGCCUCUCCCUCUGUCAGUUCCAGGACUUCUCCCUCCGUGACCCGCUCCAUGAGAAGCUCUUCAGCACCUACCUGCGCCCCUCCCAGAUACCAAAUGCCUCAUCCCCAGGCAGCCCCACUGCUCGGGCCAACGGGACUGUGCAGGCACCCAAGCAGAAGGGCGACUGAGCCACCUCAGCCUCCCGAACUCGCAUCCAGCCCGCAGACUCAGGGCGGCCAGGGGCCCACCCUGUGCCUCAAGCCCAUCUCUGCUCCUGCUUGAUUUUUUGUUAUUGUUGUUAUUUUAAGUUGAUUUUCAUUUUUCGUUUGGUUUUUUUUUUUGUAAGAAA